CCGGGACAAAACUCUAUCACCUGCUUGGGGAGAUUGUAGAAUUAGCUACGACGCCUAGUCUAGCGGAUUUCUUUCCAUGGUUAGGAAGUUUAGACCCACAGUAUUUGGCCAAAAGAACGUCGAAGGCGGUGCACGAAUGUGCAAACGUUGUUGAUAAAGGAGCGAAUGAGCACGGAUGUUUUACGCAAUAACAACGAGGAGAAGGAUUAUUGGGAUUUGUUGAUGGACUUCGAAGGCAAUGGCAAAGAUGAACCAAGGAAACUGUCAGAGAGACACAUUAAUUGGUUUAUAACGGAAAUUUUCAUCGGUGGAAGCGACUCUCUGAUCAAUUCCAUAGAAUGGGUAAUGACAGAAGUUGUUCGCAAUCCAGAGGUAAUGAAGAAGGCCAAAGAUGAGAUUGCCCAAGUUGUUGGUUAUAAUAGAAGGAUUGAAGAAAGUGAUAUUGAAAACCUAUCCUAUCUAGGCGCAGUGAUAAAAGAAACACUGAGAUUGCAUCCUGCCGCUCCUUUGCUCAUACCGCGCACUACUGUUGAAGACACAAAAUUCAUGGGGCAUAUUAUACCUAAGGACACAGCAGUGUUGGUUAAUGUUUGGGGUAUUGCAAGGAAUUCAGCUUCAUGGGAUGAUCCAUUCUCGUUCAAUCCAGAACGUUUCUUAGGAAAUACUACUGAUUACCGCGGACAACAUUUUCAGUAUUUACCAUUUGGAUCCGGAAGACGUAUGUGUGCUGGCUAGCCCAUGGCUCACCAAAUUCUUCACAUUGUGGUUGGGUCAUUGCUCCAAUCUUUUGAUUGGACCCUUGAAAAUGGCGUCACACCUGAAUCCAUCGACAUGAGGGAAAAGCUACAGACGUCCUUGCAAAAGUAUACUCCUUUAAGAAUAAUACCAAGAGCAUCAGCUCUUGCAGUGUGACUUCAAAUACUCGACAACAUUGGAAUUGUAACCUAUGUUAUGCAUCCAUGAACUUUGAAAUUUAAUUUGCCGUACCACUCUCUUU